AUGGCUCAAGGUCAAACGAAAAAGUCCAAAGCGCCCGCUCCCAAAAUGUACGUACCAACGUCCACCUCUCUUCGUUUUUUUCAAACCACUUACUCAAAUUCCUUCACAGCACUCAACGCAAACAAACCGGCUCCCGCGUCAUUAAACCUAAGAAAGCAUCACUCCUCAAACAACACAGUAUGAAGAAGAAGCAUUCGUCUGGUCUGGCGGCUGCUACGGAAAAGAGCCUGGCGAGCAAGGCGGGCCAUUUGGAGAUGCUGAGCGGUGGGAAGAAAGACAAGAAGGAGGGGGCCGGGAAGAAGUGA